AUGACGGUAUCGAGGAUAUGCGCCCGCAAGACACACGUCUUCCGCUCCAUCUUCCCCCCCGACGCAUCGCAGCCCACGCCACUGCUCGCCUCGUCGGCGCCCGCCGAGCCCUUUGGCGGCCCCAGUGUCUCGCUUGCCAGCCUUGCCGCUCAUCACCACAAUGCAGCAGCAGCCCUGCCGGCCGUCGGCGACCAGGUGCGUUGGGAUCGCGCAUGGCAUGCCGUGACGUCGCGCAUCCAGCUCCCCACCUCGGUCGCCGUCGAGGACUCGUUUGCCGCCCUGGCGCCCGAGUCGCAGGACCCUGACGCCGUCUUCCACGACUCCCUGUCCGUCGUCUUGGAUCCCGCCCACGCAGUGCCCCAUGCCGCCCACACCGACGAUGUCCUGCUGUGGCAUGCCCGCCAGGUGCGCCAGCACUUUAUCCACCACGUCUUGCCCUUGCUGGCCGCCUGUGCCGCCCAGCCGGACCACGCCCAGGUCCUGCUCAGCAGCGUCCAGACGUUGGAGGCUGCCCACCGUCAGUACCUCUACGGCCUCACCCGCCUCGUCCGCGGCAUCCGGCAGGACCAUGUCAGGGACGCAGCCGUCGCCCAGUUCCGGCGCGACCUGCACGCCCUCGUCGGCAGAUCAUGGGCCGCCGGCCUGACGAGCGCGCUCCGCGCCGUUCUGCGUCGCCUCCUCGGUGCCGCGUUGAUGUCGAGUUCGGGCGGGCCUCACGCCUCGCUGCAAUCUACAGAGGGUCGCGCCGACGGCGCUUCCGCUGCUCGUGAGGAGCUCUUUGCCCUGCUCGAGUCCCUCAAGUCCGUCGGCUUGGCCGGAGACACGCUCCAUGUCCUGUCCGCCGAGGUCAUGGAUCUGUGCGUGAGAGACUUUAUCCAACACACGUACUCGGGCGACUGGGCGGCACGAGACGCCCCUGGCUGCAUGGAGCACCUGUGCAGCUGGGUGGACAACCACUACGGCCGCCUGGCCGUACAAGUCUUUGGCCGACUCGGAGGUCAUGUCUCCGCCGACGACGUGGAGCGCUGGAGGGAUGUCGCCGUGGGACGCCUGGCCACGCUGCGGACCAACGAGCUCUUCGACAUUGUUCUUCACUGGCCGGAAAGCAGGGGUGGUCUCGAGGACCUUCGCUCGGCCGUGACGACACCUCAGCGGCGUCUUCAACUAACCGAUGCCUUUUCCGCCGCGCUGCAAAAGCGACUGCUGCACCCGGGCCGUUCUACAGUCGAUAUUCUACAAACCUACAUAUCCAUGAUUCGGACCUUCCAUGCCUUAGACUCUUCCAAGGUCUUGCUGGACCGAGUUGCCCAUGCGCUGCAGCUCUACCUUUGCCAGAGGGACGAUGCUGUUCGCAUCGUCGUCACAGGCCUCCUCGCCAACCCCAGCGUCGCAAACACCGACCCAGGCAAAAGCAGGCUCGCCGAGCUUGCCGCAAUACUCAACGACGCCUCUCAGCAGCACCAGCAGCGCAACCAAGGCGACGACGACGACCUCGACUGGAACGACCUGGCCUGGGUCCCCGAUCCCGUAGACGCGGGCGUCAACUACAAGCGGCCCAAGAGCGAGGACGUGAUUGGCACGCUCAUCAGCGCCCUCGGGUCGCAGGACAUCUUCAUCAAAGAGUUUCAGCUCAUCGUGGCUGAGCGGCUGCUGUCGAGCCAGGCGGGAUUCCAGCAGGAGAUCAAGGUUCUCGGCCUGCUCAAGAAGAGGUUCGGAGAGGGUGCGCUUCAGAACUGCGACGUCAUGAUCAAGGACAUUUUCGAUUCGAGGCGCGUCGAUGCCAUCUUGCGCAGGGGCCUGCGGGCCGGGUCCAACACGCCGGGGUUGAGUGUUCCCACAUACCACGCCAAGAUCCUGUCGCGUCUCUUCUGGCCCAGUCUUCGCAAGGAGGGGUUCAAGGUGCCUCCGCCCGUCGCCGCGGUCCAGAGCCAGUACGAGGCUGGUUUCGAACAGCUCAAAACGUCGCGCAAGCUCGGCUGGCUGAACCACCUGGGCUCGGCAACCGUGCGGUUGGACCUGGAGGAUCGCUGUGUCGAGCUCGAAUGCAAGACGUAUGAGGCGGCGGUCAUCUACGCGUUCCACGAUGACGGGUCGUCGGGGCAGCCGGGCCCUCGACGGCGCGCGUUCAACGAGAUAUGGCAGGGCUUGAUGAUUGACGAGGAGCUGCUGGAGCUUGCACUCGGCUUCUGGGUGUCGAGGCGCGUGCUGCGCAAGGUCGGAAACCAGACGUACGAGUUACUCGAGAAGCUGGCCGACGAGGACGAGGGCGCCGUCGACGACGAUGAUGGCGCGGCGUCGAGUGCCGGGGACGAGAGCGGACAGGUGUCGCCGCGCAAGGCCAAGAGCAUGGAUUCCAAGGAAAAGGAACGGCGGGCCGUCUACUGGCAGUUCAUUGUGGGCAUGCUGACCAACUCGAGCCCAGCAAUGCCGCUGGGCCAGAUAUCGAUGAUGAUGAAGAUGCUCAUUGCCGACGGGUGCCCAUGGAGCAACGAGGAGCUGCAGGAGUUUCUCGGAGAGAAGGUGGCGGGCAAGGAACUGGAGCUGGCGGGAGGCAAGUACAGACUGCCCAAGAAGUGA